ACAUCUUUGUAUUCUCCAUCCACUCCGCAUUUCACAUUUCACAUUUCACAAUUUGCCUUCUUCUUCUCUUCCCAGGUUCCAAUAUUCACCCUUCUUGGAUCUUAACGCCUCCAAGCUUAUAUUCUCUACCGACCCACAUCGCCAUUUGCGCCAUUCCUUGCAGAUCAAGCACCCCUUUUGGCUAACAAUAAGAAAGCUUGGUUUUUUAUUUUUGUGGGGGUUGGUUCCAAAAAUGGCUUCUUUCACGGUCCCAUGUCCCAAGUGCCCUUCUCCUUCUUUGGGAUUGAACUCCCAGAAGCUCUUCAAGCCAUCUCUCUCGUUUGGAUCUUUGGCUGCUGAGUCAGCUUCAUCUGGGAUUCGGUGCCUUAAUGGGAAGCAAUUUUCUGUCCAGAAGCUUCAAGCACAACGCCGUGAGGCUGUUACUACUAUUGAAAACUCUGCACCUGUAUUGGUCAGUGGACCUAAAGUCGCCGCACCAAAUGAGAAAGAAGACCAGAAUGGGAAACCCGGUGGCACUACCACAGAUCCAUCUUUGGUUUCUGCAUUCAUGGCUCAAGUGGCUGACCUUGUAAAGCUUGUAGAUUCCAGAGAUAUUGUGGAAUUGCAACUUAAACAGUCAGAUUGUGAGCUCAUGAUAAGGAAAAAGGAAGCUUUGGAGCCUCCUUCCCAGGUUAUAGCCCCGGCAUCAGCACCAAUGCAUUAUGCUGCAUAUCCUUCUCUGCCACCUCCACCACCACCAGCGGCAGCAUCUUCCACUCCUGCAAGCUCUCCACCUGCAAAAGCAGCACCUGCCUUACCUUCCCCUGGAAAAGCAAGCACAUCAGGUCACCCACCGCUGAAAUGUCCAAUGGCGGGAACCUUUUAUAGGAGUCCAGCUCCUGGUGAACCUCCAUUUGUCAAGGUGGGAGAUAAAGUACAAAAAGGACAGGUCGUAUGCAUUAUUGAGGCUAUGAAACUGAUGAAUGAAAUCGAGGCUGAUCAAACAGGAACAAUAACUGAGAUACUAGUUGAAGAUGGGAAACCAGUCAGUGUAGACACGCCUCUCCUUGUAAUAGCUCCGUGAGUAUCGGAACGGAUGUUAGUUCCAAGGUGAUGGGGAUGUUUCCUGUUGGAUAGCAUAGGAUUUGAUGUUUUUUAGGUUUUCUGUUGGUGAGAAAUUUGUUGAACUUGAGUCAUACUAUUUUGUCACUUCUUGAGAAAACUUUAGCUUCUUAGUCCCCUUCGCCCGUACACCUCUUCAUAUUUUUAGAGAUAUUUUAGACAUAAAAGCACCGCAUAAUAUAUCAGAAUGGAAUAUUCGAAUAUGUAGUUAUAAGCAGUUUUGAUAUUUGUAGUGUUGAAGCUUUUAUGCAUUUGAUUAUUGAUGGGUUCUUUCUA